CUUACAUACUACCUUAGCCUGUGCUGCUCUGUGCAUCUAUUUAACUUUAGGACUCAGGUUUGCAGCAGAUUUACACCCAGAUUUGUACAUAAUUUUCUAGAAGCUUGGAAAGAUUAAAACCACACCGUGGAUGAAUGAUGAGCAUGGAACAGUUUUUUUUUAUCAUUGUGCUACUAGCAGGAGGAACUCAAGCUCUCUUUCCAGUUGAUGCGACCACAUGUGACCUCAGGACGAGCACAUGUCCAUGCUCUCCUCUUCUUGAAGGAACUGUGUAUAUCCAAGUAAUGACUGAUGCUAGUGGCCGUGAAAUGAAGUGUUUGAAGGUGCUUCCCAAUGAGACAAAAACUGUGUUCAGUCUGAAGAAAGAAAAAAUAAUGACAGACAAGGAAUUUAACAACAGACUAACGUUUAUAAUCAAGAACGGGACACUCAAGAUCACAAACCUGAAGAAGAAUGAUUCAGGUCAAUACAGCAUUGAGAUCUUUAAUUCAAAUGGAGUCCAAGAGAAAAACAUUAAUUUCACCCUGGAUGUUAAAGACAACAGCAAAGUUGAAAGCAAGUUAACACACAGUUUUCCUUACCUGAGGCUAGUCUUUGCUGCACUGGGAUCUCCUCUGAUAGCAGUGUCAUGCUGUGUUGUGUAUCGGGAACUGAAGCAUCUUAAGAAGACUUCUAACAAGGCGGCCCAUGAUCAAAAGAGCCUCAGGUUUGAAACAGAGAAUAUAAACCUUAAGUGUGAGUCUGAGCUUUAGUGAACAGACCUCUCUCAUAAUCAGCACUGGACACUGAACUGAGGAUCAAUGAAAUAAAAAUAAAAAGGAAAUUCAAAAACAACAAUCAGGAGUAGGUCUGUGUAGGUUCUCAGGUAUCCAGGUCAUAGUAACCUAAGGAACUUGGCUUGAAAGCAACUGGACUUCGCUGAGUUUCUUGAAGACGCUUCACCUCUCAUCCGACAAACCUCUUCAGUUCUGAAACCAAAUGGUGGAGUGUUUCACUUAAGAAGGUCUUUGACCCACUAAUAAUCAUGUCCGUCAUCAUAUGACCCAAGGUGUAAGUCAUUACCAUUACAACACCAAGUGUCUGCCACCUACAACCCAGUUUUUAGAUCCUUUCCCAGGUUCCUCAAUCCCUGCUUUGUCAAGUGAUGGGUCACAUAAUAGUUUUAGGUAAGGGCUUAGGGUGGUUUCACUCAAAACCUCUGGUGGUAAGGACUCAUGCUUUGUUUUUUUAAACACCUUGGCUCAUUGUAUUGUAUUGUAUUGUUAAAUACAAUUAUUUUAAAGGAUCAUACAUUUAUAUCUUACUUUAACACUGAGUUUAGAUACUUCUUGUCUAUUAAUCUGCAGUCAACAAAUGACUCCGCCUUACUGUGGGAAACUAUUAAAGCGUACACUAGAGGGAUUCUUAUUUCUUACUCAACCAGUAAGCGGCAGCAAAAAGUGAGGAAGCAGAAUCAGUUAAUGGUAGAACUUAAAACAAAAGAAAGGACUUAUGCUGACUCCCCAACCCCAGCUUUACUACAAGAGAUUUCUGCAGUCAGAUCAACUUUAGAUAGCCUUUUUACGCAAGAUGAAGAGCUUAACCUUACGUUUACUAGACAAAGAUUUUAUGAACAUGGAAACAAACCGGGAAAAUACUUGGCAUGCCUUACCAAGAAAAGAUCUCAAACACAAUUUAUUACAGUUAUUUGUGAUGCUCAGAAUGAGCGCGUAUAUGAUAGUAAAACUAUAAAUAGCAUUUUUAAAGAAUUUUAUUGUAGACUAUAUACAUCUGAACAAUCAGUUAAUGCACUGGAAUUAAUGGAGGAUUUCUUCUCCAGGCUUAGUCUGCCUACUAUAACAAAUAAACAACAGACUACCCUUAAUGCUCCCAUUUCUAGAGAGGAAGUACUAAACGCUAUAAAAACUUAUUUUAUUUUAUUUUUUUGUGUUUAGUUAUCAGUUUGUUGUUUGUUUUAUGUUUGUUUGUCUGUUUGUUUAUUUUUUGGUUUUGAAUUGUACACUGUAUUAUGUUAUGUAAUUAUGUACUAUUUGUGAAAAUAAAAAGUUAAAAGGGAAAAAACAAAAA